AUGAUAAGCACCUGUUUGGACCUCGCGCUCUUGUGCCAUCCGGUACUCGCUUUCCUCACGAUACAACGACCAAAGAUGGCGGCUCAACAAUCGAAAUGGCAUUACUUUCUCUUCAGUUUCUUUGCGUUGCUUGCCAUACGCUAUGCAAGCACCACGAACGCAGAGCCUCAGGUACCGCAAGGAGUGGCUCAGGCUACUUGUCAGUCGAUUGACCAGCCAAAUCCUAUUGCGUCACUCUACCCGAUGAACGCCACUGGAACGCUGAAUGGCACUGUAUCAGUGCUACCCAUUUCACUGCAGCUCACGCGCCAACUCAUUCCUUCACAAUAUCGCAUCUUGGAGCACGCAUACCGACAUCUCCUCCCUGCAUUCCCUGAGGGAAUGUACCCGGCCAUACUUCAAGCAGUACACGACCACGAAGUACAAGCUUUCGGCUACCAAAUACCCGACUUCUCACGUAGUGGCAUUGAAUUCCCCUUCCUGGACCUACUAGGCGACAACACGACAUCAUUCAAGUGGGCGCCCUCACUUCUCAUGUCUGCCGACAACGAAAUCGCUCUCAAAGGUGCAGCAGACUACGGAACCAAAACGUUCCCUUCAUCUUUCGAACCCGCCUGCGACGCCUACAGUGCCGUGCCCGACGCCAAGGAACCAGGAACAACGUCAUUCAGCGCAACGAGUUCCGAUGCUGGCGCCGCGUCAGUCAGCACGCAAUUCUCAAUCACAAAGGAAGAAGUCUAUCCGCUUGGCUUCUUCAUGAACGUCACGAAUCAAGUGAUAUUCGCCGACGGCAAGACGUGUGACAACAUGAUCCGUCUUUUCAACACCAGUCUAACAACAAGUCCAAAUACCAUCGAGACAGUCAAGGGCACAGUGAAAGCCAAGAUGUUCCCUUUUGAAAGUGAACAAGAGUGGGAGUGCUCGCAUGGAAUCAGGCUGGACACAGCAUUUAUUGAGAAUAACUACCUACCUUGCGAGAACUUUAGGAAUUACGGCGCUUAG